CCACAACAGCAAACGCAAACAAACAAACGUAUUGUUGAUGUUCGGGCCUCGAGCUUGAAGUGUCGCAGCUGCGGGGUCACAGACAACACAAUGAUAGCGGUCGGAUACAAGAGGACCAGGUCGGGGGGCGGUGAGGUGUCGCAGCUGCCCGCCUCGAGCGCUCGCAGCUCCAUCAUCUUGCAGGUGGGAUGCUGAAGUGUUCCUUCCCAGUCCCAGUCCACCCGCGCUCGCCCAGCCACCGAUUUCUGCACUGGCGUGUUCCCACGAAACUCGAUGGCCCUCAACGCCUCACUAAUUUCCAAGCCGGCCUUUUCUUCAUCUGUCCAUCUACCCGAUCGAGGAACCCCUCCUUUCUUUGCACGUUGACACAUACACUUCAAACUUUCUGGUCCACGGCCAUCGCGAUUGUGUGAGAGCUCGAGUGACAAGACGCGACUGAAGCUCUACACACGAAGCUUGGACCGGCUCGCCACCUCUUUAACCCAGUUACAGUUUCGUACGAAGAGGAAGGCGAUUCUCGUAGCCGAGACAAAAGCUCUGGCCUCAAUAUCAGCACCAUGCGUUCCCUCUCACUUAUCGGCCUUCCCUCCUCGCUCCUGCUUCUCAUAGCAGCCCACGUCAACGCAGAGCACCCAAUGGCCAUCCGCAAAAUGUCACCCAACGCCGGCGAGAAGCUCCUGCCCCACGACCUCGCCUUCUCCGACGAUACCUUCACCACCCCGCUGUCGCCCCGCGAAGAACUCCUCGCCGCCCGCAUGGCCGACGACCCGUUCCUCUACAACGUCUCGUUCCCCUACCGCCCGCCCUUUGCGGAGCACCUCAACAGCGCCAACCAGGGCUGGGAACACCUACGACGCGCCGCCGAGGUUCUUCAUAUCCUCGAAAGCAGACAGUCUUGCCCCACAAACAUGAAUAGCUGCGAGAACAUUGGCUCGCCAAACAAGUGCUGCAUGAGCAAUGAGGCGUGUGUAAGGGUUCAGGAUGAACGGGUUGGGAACGUGGCUUGCUGUCCGAAGGGCGCUUCUUGCAGCGGAGCCGUUGGCGCAUGCCCCAGCGGCACGACGAGCUGCGAUGCCGAGCUCAGUGGUGGAUGUUGCAUACCGGGCUAUGUCUGCCAGGGUGUUGGCUGUGUGCCCAGACCUCCACCGGCGCCGAGUACUGCGCCCACUCAAACCGCCACUAACGGAGGAGGAGGAGGAGGAGGAGGAGGAGGAGGAGGCGGCACGACAGUCCGGGAGACCGUCACUACCACCACCGUCUCCACGACGACACUAGCAGACGGCCAAACGACGACAGUUCUUGUUACGAUCAUCGUCACAGUGAACCCUGGCACCGCCACCACGAGAAGAUCCACGACCACCACCGAACCCCCCGUUGAGACCCCGACGACAGCUUCGGACAUCCCGCCGACCUCGAGUGCUUCGGACGCCGUGCCCCCUUUCCGACCCACAUCCGCCAACUCGGGUGAGGGCGACAUCCCGCCCAUCACGUCGGCAUACUGUCCAACCGGCUUUUAUGCCUGUCUCGCGCGCGCCGGUGGAGGUUGCUGCCAGACCGGCCGUGAUUGCGCCACUACGUCGUGCCCGCCCACGCCCUCAACCACCAUCGUCAGCAACGGCGUCACUGUCGUCGUACCUAUCAGCGACGUGCCGGAGCCGCAGGCGACCGAGACGUGCGCCAGCGGCUGGUUUUUGUGUGGUGAGGAUGGCGGCCCCGUCCCCGGCUGCUGUCCGAGUGGGUACCAGUGCGGAACCGCCAGUUGUUCUAGUGUCUCACCCAGCGAGACGGGCGAAAUUCAAAAGCAUUUCCCGAAUGUGGGAUCGAAAGCCACGUCAUCCCUGGCCCUUGCGGUCGUAUCAUUCGUGUUUGCGUUGCUUUGAGAUUCGUCGUAAUGCAUUGGGCGGCGUUUACAAGUGGAAUUUGGAAGCAUUAGGGAAAAGAAUUUCAGGACGCAUGAGAGAACGCGAUAGACACGGGGCUUGCCUACAUGGUUCGGCCGUCGUGAAACCCCGUCGGUCGCCACAUAAGACUGCACAUAGGGAAAUCAAAUAUCCUAUGAUCCAAACGUACAAGCUGAGUGACGUUGAAACCGGCUGAUGUGCGCUUCCGCUUGUCAAGCGUACGUUGAAAAUGUUAAAUGUGAAAAUUACAAUUUUGUUUGGGUUAUGCAUUAGUGUUAAUCCAAUACUUCCAGACAUCUCUCUCUUCGCCUCCAAGUACAAAAUGAUGAUUUCCAUGGCCCUUAAUCCCAGCUCAGGCUGCAUGCAGUGCGUAUAGUGCGCGUAAUCCUGUAUAACCUCCUUUUUAAGUAUCGUCCCUUCUAAGAAACAGAUUGAAGAAACUCCCAAAUGCCAAGAACUCCAUGCACUAUUAGGUCCGGAACGGCUCUGUAUGCCUCC